ACAAUUCACCCACCGCACGCGCGUAUGAUUCAUGAUGAAGCCCCAGCACUUCAUCGUCUUCGCGAUCGUCACAGCGACGCUACUGGUGCAGGUUUCCGGUCAGGCCUCGAUGGCCUGCACGACGACAUUGAUCAGCACCUUCACGCCGUGCCUGAACUACCUCACCGGCAGCACUAACGGCGGCGGAUCACCGACCCGAGACUGCUGCAAGGCAUUUAAUUCGGUUAUCACCGACAGCACCGACUGUGCUUGUCUGAUAAUAACAGGGAGCGUCCCGUUUAGCCUCCCCAUCAACAGGACUCUGGCCAUUUCACUUCCUAAAAUUUGCGGUUCAUCGUCAGUGCCCCUCCAAUGCACAGGCACGUCCAUGCCACUUCCAGGCGCAGGAACUCCUAUUCCAUACGGGCCUUCACUUCCUCCGCUACAGCCAUUCUCUCCGCCGCCGCCGCCACGGGGAGGCCUAGAAGAUUUUCCUCCGUCGCUUCCGCCGGCAUCCAGUACCCCGGCCUACCAAGGGUUUGACCAGGGGCAGCAUCCUCUGCUGAUGCCGAAUUCAGCUGUAAAGCUCACUCAUGUCUGCUCGGUGCCUGUAUCCACUCUGCUUCUGCUUCUACUUCUACUUCUCAGACUGUUAUUUUAGGCAACCAUUUUGUUCCGAUCGUGCACAUUGAUACCAAACGUUCUUUUAUACACAAUUAAUUCGAAAUAUGAUUUUGUGGAUUGAAAAAUAGCGGGUAUGUGGCCCAUCAAAGGCAGUUAAGAGGCCGAGCCUGUAUGACUAAGCCGGGCCUCUUGUUGACGCUGGCACACAGCCCAAACGCUCAGUUCAGCGUAUUUCUGUAAAGAAAAAAUUGUAUCCCAAUAUUCACAGUUUAAAUCACUGAUAUCCAUAUU